UCGGUCGUUUGCGCUUUCGGCCAAGCGUUGCUUCCGUAACCGAAUUGUUGCUCAUUAAAAAAUACAGUCAAUAGGCCCAUUUGGGCACAAUUUGAGUGAAUCCCACAAAUAUACACUCAUUUCCUUAUUUAAACUUCCGUUAACUUGGUGUUUCAUUCAAUUUUUAAAACGUAACUCAAAAGUGAGGUUAUGUUGUGUGACAAAAACUAGCCCAAAAAAUGUGGAAAAACAUUAAAAUCGACGAGGAUUUUACGUUAAACGUGCACGAAGCCGACGAACAACAAACAAAAGCGAACAUUUGUCUCAAAAAAGAGGAAUUGCCUUUUACGAGCGAAAUUAAGACAGAAAAUUGUCCCGAUUAUGGGACUCAACUUAACGAGUCUGGGACGAGCGGUGUUGUGAGUGAUUUUUUACCAAAUUAUUCAGUGAAAAAAGAGCCACAAGUGAUCGACUUGACCGAUGAUGAUUUAAGUGAGGUCAAGAAAGAACCAAUCUGUGAGAUCAAUUUGACUAAUGACGAGGACUUGGUUGACGCCAAGAUUGAAAUUAAGGCGCCAGUCAUUGAAAGAAGCGAAUUAGACGUUAUUGUGAUACCAGAUGACACUGAACCUGAAAUUAACAAUAAGACAAGUGAAAAUACUUCAGUUGGUAGGGAAAUAGUUAAACAAAUAAUUAAUUCAGUAAUUCAUAACGAAAAUGUGGAAAAAACAGUUCCAGACCCAGUGACAAGGCCUGCUAUAACUGUGAGGUCACCUGACGUAAUUAAUUGUCUCAAAGAAACAGUAGAGACAAGGUUGGCACCACCUCCCACAUCAGGGGAAACACAGCCGGCAUUACAGGUUCCUGUAAUUGCCCCAAACACUAGCGUUAAAAAAACCAACGGUGAGAUAGUUGGCGAUGCUUUGAGGUCACUCCUCACAGCCCAAUCACCAGAAGAACAAGAAACAAUCGGUAAAUUACUCAAAAAUUUGUUAAGUGAGGAUCAAGUGGCGCCCUCUGGUGGGUCAUUGGUUCGUAACGUGACGUCAUCAAGUAGCGAAUUUCAAACACCGCCUAAAAAAACGCCAAUUCGCCCCAAAAAAAAUAAUUCGAAAAAUCCCAAUAAAAAAACAAAAAGUGUACAAAAAAUUGUCAUGACGCCAACUGGUGUUAAAAUCGCCGAUCCGCAAAUAUUGUUUCUAAACGGUCAGAAGGACACGAAACGAACGUCUGAUUUUUUCGUUCGUUCGAAUUCGAAGCGUUCGCUUGAUUCGCAAUUAAAAGAGAAGAAAAACGAAUCACCGGUGAAAAAACAACGAACUGAAUCACUCCACUCGCUUCCAACAACGUCACCCAAGUCAAAAACCACCAAUUGGGUGCAAGAUCACUUCAAUGUGGGGGAAAAACCGGCAAAGCGGGGGCGCAAACCGAAGGCGCAACCUAAAACGCGUGGGCGCAAACCUAGAAACCAGCCGGCGCAAACGCCUAAAACACCGUCUAGGAGGCCUAGGAAACAGCCUGAAACGCCGGUGAUUCCCGAAACGGUGCCAAAUGCGAUCAAUGACACGUGUAAAAUUAUCGGAGAGUUUUUGAAUGGGGUUUUUAACCCGGAUUCGGUGCAAGGUGAGACGUUGCCGUCGUUUUUGGGACGGUGUUAUGGAACACAGUUGGUUAAUAUGUACCUCAGCUUGAAUGGGAAGAAACAAAGUGGGCCGUGAUUGUUUUUUUAGAUGUGUGGUAUCACAGUUGUCAUAUCAGUAUUGUUCGCAAUUUUGUAGCUGAUUAAAUUUUUUUCGAAAUCAAA